UGUGCAUGCCUGUCCGUCUUCCAAAACCAGAUCCAAUCGACCGGCGAAGCUUCUAUGCAUGAAGGAAGCGGAGCUAGCCCACUCUCACCCUCUCUGCAGGCUGUCGCCGCCAGAGGGACCACACGCCGUCCUGGCCACCGCUCACGUGUCACCCCUGGCCGCUAAGCUCCACACCACCCGCGCUGCCUGCGCUUAACCCAAGCUCUCCAUACAAAUCGCGUUAACACUCGCUUGGGAGUAGCUUAGGUCGAUCCGUAGCCACACAAACCACCACCAGCACUAGGAGCAGCCCAUGGAUGACGACUUCACCUUCCCCACCGUCGCCGCGCCGGCGCCGGCAACGGCAACGGCACCGGCACCGGCACCGGAGGAGCAGCAUAACCUCGAGGAGGUCCCGUUACCUCAGCGCUUUGUCGGCCCGAUCACCUCCCCUCUCUGGCCAUUCUCCUCCUCACCAGAGACAAAGAAUACCCCGGAGGUGGACGAGGCGGACGCGCCGUCGACGUCGACGAGAACCGGAGGGCACGCGCAAGCGGUCCGGCAGCACAACGACGAGGACCGGAUGGACCUGCUGUGGGAGGACCUCAACGACGACCUGAAGCUCCCGCAGCGCCGCCGCCCGGACUCGUCUGACACGGAGUCCGAGGAGACGUCGGCCGGGUGCGCGCCCACCACCAUGCUGAGGGCGUCCUCGCGCGCCGGCGGGGCGGGGCAGUUCUGCGGCGGCAGCAGCCGCUCUGGCCGUGGCGGCAGGACGACGGGGUGGGCGCUGCUGCUGAGGCUCUUCCAGAGGCUCUUCGCCGUCGACAAGAGGCCGCCGUCCCGGUCCCCGCGCCACCUCCACCACGGUAUCUACGCGCCAUGACGCGCGCAGGAGCAUACGCUCGACCUGUUCUUCUGCUUAAAUCCUUCUGUAGAUUAACAAAUUGCAUGGCAAUUGUUUGUAGAACAUGCCAUUCUCCUCGGUGGUAAAUAUUACGGGCAGGAAAGGAUUAUCCUCUGUUUUCCUUUUUUGUGCUGCAUUCCGUCAAAGUGCAUUUCUGAUUUA